AAUUAAAUAAUUACGCCAUUAGGUAGAGAGGAACGGCGAAACUGCAACGGCGAAACAUUGCAAUUGUUUUUGAAAAUGUUAUGUUGUGAAUUUUUUCUAUUCAAAUAUUUGAGAGUUUCAUCAUAGGACGAGCAAAGCCAACAUUGAGUGAAGGACAUUAAUUUUUAUCACACAGACAAGCCAUGAGGCGCCAUCUAUUUCCCGCAUUUUUGCUGCUUUUUGCCUUCCUUUCAAUGGAAGUCAGAGCUGAUGAUCAAGCUUCAUCGGGGAAUGACGGAGAUGGGUAUGCUAGUUCUGGCGAUGAAAGCAACGAGGGAUCAGGCUUCAACGGACAAGAAGUGCAAAAGGUCAUCGAGACAAUGCGAAAGAUUAAUAAGAAUAAAUCGGACGAAGAUCUCUCAAAAAAUAUCAAAACAGGUAAAUACCUUAAGAAUCUACCCCUACGGACGUUUGAGAAACUUAGCGCUCUCUGGAUUUCAAUUAUUAGACGACUGUGGAAAGUAUGGAGAGCUAAAGGAGCACGCCAAGUGAUGCACAGUAUUGUGGAGAAACUAGUUACACAUACUGGUGAGAAAGUUUCCAAUCAGGUAGCCAAUAUUUUGAAAGCAAGUAGUGACAGUGGUGAUACCGCUUCAUUGCAGAAAUCAGCAAUGCCGGUUGAGAAGAACGUGUCGGAACAAACCGGUUACAAUGAGACAACGACUGUGGCCCAGCCUGGCAGCGAUGCCCCUGGGGAGGAGGACACAGACAGUAAUGACAAGCCAACAUACGCGGGAACACGCACCCCUGCGAAUAGUCGCGGUAAUCAGGAAAGCGCUCAGCAAGCAACGACUGGACAGGAGACGAACACCUAUUAUAAUGGAAAUCAGGUCUCUCCAGCCAUCCAAAGCGAGCAAAAGCUGGUUGGUUAUCAGAAUACUGCUAUAGGGAGCGCUACUGCAGCGAAGACAGAAACAAGAACUGAUGCGCAGUCGAGUUUUGAACAAAAUCAGGCACAUGCGCAACAACAAACCAACGCUAAAAUCACAGAGGAGAAGGAUGCAGUAACAGAUGCUGGCUCAGGGGCACGUAAUAUGGUACCCCAGGAGCAAACCCCUGAAAGCAUCACAGCUAAUAUAGAGAUGCCUGCAGAGGCAAUUGUACAUAAAUCUAGCAAGAAAGUAAAGCAUACAAAAAGUAAGAAGAGAUACAAAACGCACAGACACUCACGCACCGCAAACAAAUCAUCCAAGCAUACAAAUAAACAACAAAAGGAGACAAGAGUUAGGUAUAAAAAUGUCGAUAAACAUUUAAUCAGAAAAUUCAAUAAGCACGAUGUAACAGUGCCUGGAAACGAGUUGAGCUGGACGCAAGGAUCGUCUUACGAAGCGCCAAUCUCCAAACAACUCCAAAGCGUUCUGAGCGCGAAAGUUGCGCGGGAAACCGCGUUUUCGAAAGUGAAAUCCAACCACAGAAAGAGAAGUUUCACAACAGAAAACCGCAGAUCGAAUAUAGAACAUGCAGCCUUUGAUGACUAUGAUGAUUAUGGCUAUGAUUAUACAAACGAUGAUUCGGGAGAUGAAUCUUCAGGAAAAAUAGCAAAUAGCCGUGGUCAUGAUAAUAGACGCGUCACUGGGCAGUUUAGCAAAGGAAAAAAGAAGCGGGUGUCUAAAAAGCUUAAAAAUUCGAAGACCACCUUUGCGAAACGUAAAAAUGCACUUAGCAGUAGCAAGCAAAAUGGACAGGCUGUUGCGAAAAUUGGCAACAAAACGAUGCCAACAAAGCCAGCAAAAUACGAGGCGCCUGUUCGAAAAUUUAAGUUCUUUGGGGCACCGCGACAAAAUGUGGAGGUGAAUAACACUACAGCUGUUCCUAUACUUAACAUCGAAUCAGCCCCAACUAAGACCCCCACCCAGGGUGAGACAGCAUCGGAGAGUGGAGAUACUCAACCCGGUCAGGAAUUGCAGCUCGGGAAUGGUUGGGCUUUCAAACAACCGGGUCAGUUUGGAGUGGCCGGACAACCCAGCGAAACACCACCAGUUGCAAUGGAACCAGCACCCGGGCAGAAUAUGGAUGGAUCACCGAUGUUAUUGUUGAGGCCACCAGUGCCACAACCUGAAGAUGGGGAGUCACCAAUUAUUCUUCCGACGGUGUCCGGGAAGCCAAUUGUCCCAAUUGUGCCAACGGAGCCACCAUCACUGCCAGGAGAAGAGGAUGACGAGAACAGCGAAAAUAACGACAACUCAACGUCAUUUUUGCAUCCAGAAGAUAACUCCGGCCCAAGUGCAUAUGGAGAUGCGUUGACAGAAGAAGUAAAGAGUCUGGAAUCUAGAAUGACGGUUGUUGAAGCUGCUGUGGCUGAAAUUAUCGAGUGGAUUCGGAGUCGCAGCCAACGUCCUCAAAACGAAUCACCAAUCCCAGCUGAAUUGAUGCCAGGUCCCUCCCAGGGGCCUGCAAAUUUCCCUAAUCUGGGACUUCGUCCAGCAAUGUCUGAAGAAGAGCCUGCUGCUCCGCAAGACCUACUUUUGCCGCAUCACCGUCGGUUGUUGAAGCAAAUUUUCAUCCCAUUACCAGCCCCGAACACAGAAGCUGAAAAAGAAAUCGAGAGUGGAGAGCCAAUAAAUGGCCUACCAUAUCCUUUGAAUUUCAUAGUCACAAAAAUCCUUGCUAAAAUGUUGCGCCAACGCGACGAAAAGAUCAUGGCAGCUGCUCAUCCUCACACUCCACUCCCCGAUGUAGAUAUUCCUGCAAUUGAACACGACAUUAACAGACUUGAAAUGGAGCUUGGUUCAGUACCCAAACCAUUCCACCAUCAUAAACACCAUCAAUUUAAGCUUCAUCGACCAGAAACUGAAGAAAAAGUGAAGUCUCCUCUCAUCGGUCAACUGAUAGGCCCAGUUGCAGAAAGUGAAGGACCAGCCUGUUCUGCUCCUUGCGAAAAUGGUGGGAUUUGCCUUGGCAACAAUAUCUGUCGCUGCCCACCUCCUUUCAGUGGUCCAUCUUGUGGAUCAGUUACUUUGGUCAAGGUUGCCAAGCCUACAAGACGAAUUAUGAUCGAGGCUCCAGGAGUUGAAGUCUUAGGUGCGUUGCGAAGAAGAGCAAUGAACCAGCACGCGGAGAGAUUCCUGCCCGCGCAAAUUCGCGAUCACAGAAGUAGAAGAAUGCUCGUUCAAGUGCUGAAGCGUCUUUUGCAAAAUAUCGCUACGGAAGAUGUUCGACCAGAAUAUACACGCAGGAAUAAUAUUGAUAUGGACAAUAUGGCAAAUGGUCUAUCGGACAAUUUCGUACGUGGAGUUACUGCGGGUUGAUAGAUGUUGUAUACGUAAUACCGUAUAGUAGAUUUGAUAGGCUUCUGUACUUUUUCCAUGGCUGUAUUUCUUAUUUCUUAGUACUUCAUGUAGCCAACAGGAGUGACGUCAGCCAGCUCGAAUACCGUCUCGUUAAUGGAGAAAAUAUAACCAUGGUUGCUUCUAACAUGUGAAGUAGAUUGUUUUCAAGAAACACGAAAAAGAACCAUCAGUAUAAAACACCAUCAUAUCAUUAAGGUAGUAUUUUAGUGCCAGAAAAUUGUGGAAUUUUCCACGAGGUGAAAAAUAAAACAUAGGAAAAUUGAAAAGAGUCGUUUUCAAGCCAGUUCGUAACGUUUUAGCAGUUUUGGUAGACGUUACACUCGAAACUGAUCGAAAAAUGUUAAAUAUGCAAUAAAGAAUGAAACAGAUAUUUAGGAUUGCUAAUGUAGGGUGAAACCCAAUUAAUCGAGAGUCUAUGUUCACGAACAUGGCUGCAAAUUACAAAUUCUGGGGGCAUAUGAUGCUUGAAUCUGUUGCAUACCAUGCAACGUGUUCAUAGGCAAGUAUUCUCAGCUUAUCAUAGCUAAAGUACUGUUAGACAUAUUAACGUAAUGCAUAUACAUUAACUGAUAUAACUGAUACUAAUUGCGGUAAUGUUUCAACGCUUAUGAGGAUCUUAAUUAUUAAACUUGAGUAAACUGUAUUAAUGUCUUGCUUGGUUCAUUAACAACCAUGCCAAUUGUAUUGCUGUAGUUUUGUAUAUAUUAAUUGUUUAAUGAUGAGUUAUGAAAUCGUUUUAACAUA